ACCAACAGAAUGAAAAGAAUUAGUUUCCUAAUCAACAGUUAAAGUCUUCAUUUUCAUCUGGGGCAUAACCACCAGAUGCUGUUAGAAUGGCCUAAUGAAAUGGGUCGCAGAGAAACUUAUUACUUGCAGGCCUCAAACUGUGAUUCAAUGGCCCAGCAAAACAAGAAAAUGCGCCCUGUAUUACUCAAACGGAAUAGCCUGGAUUCAGUUGAUUUUAUGAGGCAGCCACACCACCGUAGGAGCAAAUCUCAGCAAGUCCGAUUCAAAGAUGAUGGUACAAACAAGAAGCCUAUUGGUGUCACUGAAAUGGACACUAAACCUGCCAAAGACACAACGCUCAUGAUUGAAAAGGCACAAAUAUCUAGGCACCAUAACCUGCCAAACUAUUCUCUCUCUUUCCCAAGGGCUCAGAAGGGGCAUCGGAAUAUUGCUAUUCAAACUUCUCCCAGCCUUAGGAAGCACUUUCCAGUUUUUAAAAAGAAAAAACUGACAACAAGUAAGUCUUUAAUGGAAAUGCCAACCGAGCCUGAAUGCUCUGUCCAAGUCAAUGGCAAUCUUUCUGAACAAGACAUGUCUUUGGACCUCUCUUACUUAAGAAUAACUAAACAUUUGGAAGAUGGAUCUAGAAGAGCCAAGACAUCCAAUCAGUUAUUUCAAAGAGAGUGUAAAGCACAAAGCAAUGGGCCUAUCCACUCAGACUCAGAUACUUCCGCAAUACUGGAAAAGGCAACUGUUUAUAGACAGGUGCCUGAAUACAUACAUCUGACUUCUCCACAGGACAACAGUGCUUCUGUAUAUGCUUCAGACAUGUCCAUGGAUUUAAAUGAUUCAGGACGUUCUCCUACUACUAUGAGCCAAUCCAAUGAAAACUGUACACUGCCAUCCAAAUCAGGAAAAUCUCCUGCCUGCUUAAACAAUACCAGGAACUGCAAUGAAAUUAAUCCUCAUUAUGACUCUUGUGAAGAAAAAAGUGUUUUGGAGUUACCUGAAUCCACUAAAGACACUAGCACUAAUGAAAACACUCCAUUAUCACCUCUGUCGAAUCAGAGUUCAUCACACUGCUUUCUCAGAGAUCAUCAACAGCUAACAGAGCCUGAAACAGAUUCUGACUGCAUGGUGCUGACUAAUGAUAAUCAUGGAAUAACGUCAUUGACCAGCAGUAAUGAGUCAAAAUCUAUUCCCUCGUGUCACACUGAAACGGAUAAAACUUCUACACGGUCAUCUGUUCCAGAGUAUAGCAAUUAUUUAGAAGACUUUCACAUAAAGUCCCAUCUUCCAGGGAAUGAAAUUAAACCAGAAACCAACAAAGAGAUUAGAGACAUUAAUCAAAUUCACUUGGCACAUGGUGAACUAUGUGCCCUACAAGGCAGGCUGCAGUCCAUAGAGGAAUCUUUGCACUCAAACCAGGAGAAGAUUAAAGUCCUUUUGAAUGUAAUUCAAGACCUGGAAAAAGCCAGAGCCCUCAGUGAAGGGCGCAACUUCUACCGCACUGGCCAAGACCUCAACAACUGCAGCACUUGCCAGAACACUGCAUGUAUCAUUUACAGUGUGGAAUACGACUUCAGACAACAAGAAGGCAGAUUUCAUCAGGUUUUGAAAACACUGGAUCAAGUGGAGCAAACUCCUGCCACGGCUCCAGCCCCCAAAUUACCACUUGACCAUCCAAUUCCCGAGAAACAGGAAUUAAGACGAAAAACAAAAAAGGUGAAAAAGAAAUGCUUCUGGUGGAUGUGAAUGCCUUUUAGCUGACAUACAGAAUUGAAGGACUACAUUUCAGAAGAUAUUAAAACAUAUAUACAGAGGCUUUAAUAUGUACAACUGUGAAACCACAAACAGAAAACUAAAAAAUGUCUAAGAAGGUAUUUGAAAACUCCAAAGCUUAGAAUGGAAUUUGCUCAUUUAACAAGAUCAGUGAAUAAAGACAUGAGUAUUUUGAAACGGGAUGCAAUCUAUCUCUUUGAUUCAAAAAGACAUCUUCAUAUGCUUCGUGAAGGCAAAAUUUUUACAUUCAAAUAAUGCUGAAGUUGUGAUUUAAAUUGAUAAAAACAAGGGCAAUCAAAGUAAAGGAAGCUGCUCCCAUAUGCAUUCCCACAUCAUGCUUAGUUUCAAACAAAACGGCCUAAAAGUCAUUCCCUGAUCUUGUCCCCAGUGGUGCAACCAAAAACUGUGGGGUGGGACACAGAUUUUAAGAAAACUUCCUCUCCAAGGGAGACAACCCAUUAAAAUUAUGUAUACAAUGGAUUGUAUAUAUAUAUAGCACAAGUGACUGAUUUGUACACUAGUGUAAGAGUUAAAAAUCUAUAGCAUCCAAGACUGGACACGAUUCCUAUUUUUUUUUGCUUGGUGUUAUUCAGAAAUUAACAAUUAUUUUACUGUGGUUGCAGGGGGGGGGAUCAUAUGUAUUAACAUCCUUUCCUAAAAAGCAAUAGCUUUAUAAAACAUCUCUAUCUCUGUUUGUAUCAUUGUGCAUCUAAGAUCCUUCACACUACAUCAAAAUGCUCCAACACACGCCUCUUUGAUCCAACAGAACAUACUCAUAGCAUCCCAGAGGGGGUCAAACCAGAUGUACACUUUGAUGUUCUGAUGUUAAUACAGAUUAGUGUUAAGAGAAAUGUUAAGAGAAGUUAAUAUAGAGCAGAUUUCAAUUUAGCUAUUUUUCAAAAUUUAGAAAAAUAGCUGUGACAACUAGUCAAAACUAGAUAUAAAAUUAAACUUUUUUUUUCAAGAAAAAUAGCAUUUCACACUGUUUUCCAUGCAAAAAUGUUUAGAAAAAGAGGAAAAGGUUCAGGAGAGUAAAUUUAAUAACCAAGCAUCAAAGCCUUGACAGUAGUAUAGGUGGCGGAGCAUAGGGCAGUCCCACUCUGAAAAGAGACUUUAAUAUACUAACAUGGCACGUUCUUACUCAUCUGAUUUAUUCCUGGGGGAGGAUGUAUAGUCUUAUUAUUUUAGUGACAAAAGUGCUCAUGUUUCUUUUACUCAUUUUAUAUUAUUGUGUAAUGCCAAGAAAGAGGACAAGUUAGCUUUUGUUCAUUGUUGUACAUCAGCAAAACCAUUUAAUAAGUUCCAGGUAUUAAGGACAAUCAAUUAUACCUGCACAAAACCACUGAAGGUAAUAAGAUUGCACAGGAGUCAUUAAGGGCAGAACCAUAGCACAAUAGGACUUGCUUAGGUAUAACUGGUCUUUGUUUAGAGGUGAUGAGGCAUGGAAAGUAAAGCAAUUAGCAUGACUCAGCUGAGUAAGAGUUUUCAGGACUGGGAAUUAGAAAGAAUUAAACAUAUUAGAUAUGAAAGUUACUGAGGACAAUGAAUCCACAAUGCCAUUCACUGGAACCUUUUUCAAAGGAAAACCUCCCUUUACAUUCUAGUAGCAAAACUGUGACCUAGUUAUACCCAUAAGCCCUCUUAAAUAAGCAUUUGUAGAGGAAAGUAGGGUCAGAAUUUAGCCCUUGUUAGAGCACACCACUAUCACACCCAUUUAAAUACACACCUUAUAUGCUGGCAUGCCUAUAGUAUUCUUCCAUACUGGCUCUGUAUCCGUGUGUCUAUAUAACAGAGACACAGAAGAGUCUAUUUAUGUACCAUAGCAUUCCUUCUAGCCAACUAGUUUUGAACUCUGAGUGUCUCAUGGUAAAGAGACAUCCAUGAGCUGUAUCAAAAGCUAUAACAACUCUCCAGGCUAAAAAUUGCACUCCCAGUCUCCAGUUUUCAUGGCUCUUAGCACCUUUGGUGAAAGCCCAUUAGACUUAGCUAUCACCAGUCCUAUAUUCCACUCCCAGAGUUUAUUUUUUUCUUUACAGCAUAAAAUGAAGAAGCAGCCCCUCUACUAAAGAAUUAACUCUUCACUUGCCAGCCCUUUGGGAUUUGUUUCAAUCUUUGUUAUUUUUUUCUUUAAAAUGCACAUUUUUAAAAAAUAAUAAACACACAGUACCAUGGUGAAUUAUCUGCUUCUUAUCUUGGCCAGUGGGCUCUUUGUACCAAGAGCAGUUCCUAUUGCAGCCUGCUGCUGAGGGAGAGAAUGAAUCAAUUUCCUUCCCAGUUUUCAUUCAAGCACAGUCCACACGUUCUGUUGAGUCCAAACUCGCUCAUUCAAGAGAAUUUAACACAGAAUUUAACAUAAAAGUGACAAAGAUCAAGUCACACCUUCUCCUCAGGCUUGGUUCCCUACCUAAUGAUCUUUCAUCCCAUAGAUACUCUCUUUCUAAACAAUCACUCCCAUCUCCAUUAUAUGAGGAUGGUGUAAAGCACCAACUGUCUCAGCGAGUGAACAGCAGCCACUUAACCAUUUCCUAGCAGUAUCAAAACCUGUUUACAGGGUGUGCUAGCACUGCCAGCCUGUGGUGGAGUUCUCUGUCAUCAUCAUUCUAGACGUGAAUAGUGUUUUCUGCACUCAAUUUGUGGGUACAGGAGAAGUUAUAUUAAAUUAGCCCAUUUAAUUCCACACCUGUCUUAAGCACAGCUUGACUAUCAUUCACAGUAAAAGAAGGACAAAAUCAUGUAAUUGUAUAUAUCACACAGAAAAAAUUAUAGCUGCAGAACUAAGCUUCUCUUGCACUAAAGAAUUUAGCGGGCAUCGUACUUGUGCAAUGAAAUUGUACAAUACUGCAUGUGUACAUCUACUGUACACAAACUUCUACAUAGUCUACGCUUCAUAGAAUUUCUUUGUAAAAUUAAAUAUUUAGCUCCUACAUUGCAAUAGUAUUCCAUAGCAUUACACUCAAAAGGGUGGUUUCUAUUAGUGAACACACUGGAAAAGUGUCAG